AUGGAACACCGAGACCCACGACGUGAAAUAGUGCAGCGGAUCAUGGAGGACACUCAGCAUGCCAUGCAGCGCUCCAACCAAGCCAUGCAACGCAUGCAACAGGCCAUGCAUCGGAUGCUCCGACUAGUCUUGUACACAGAAGAAGUGCCUCUGCCUCGGAUCUCCCCAAACAGGGAUCUGGAGGGACGUGCAGCAGUAUCAGCAGCACCACGAGUAGCAACCGGGAUAGCACGUGCGGAAGCUGAGCAUGUGCCUACCAUAGAACAUGGAGAAAACAGACCGACACAACCACUGGAAGCACUGGCAUCUAGUGCUACUGCUAUGCAGCAAUUCGCGCAGAUGAUAAGCACGAUUCCUGAAACUCAGCUACAGGAGGCAUACCAGCCCGGGCAGCAGGAUGUGAUGGGGGUUGUGGCGAAUGGGAUACAUGCACCAACUCGGGUAGCAACGCCCCCACCCAGGGAUCCGUGGUCGCAGACACCGACGGAGGAAUGGUUUACGCCGGUUCGAGACAGGCCGAGGAGUGUAGCUGGGGAUAUGGAAUUGACGACGAUCUGUACUCGGUGUUUCAAUAUGUGGUUGAAGCCGAUUCGGGCAGAAGAUGAUAUACCGGAUUGUGUCUUUGAUAGACCGAGGAAGAAGAAAAAGUCCGUGUCCGAGGAAGUCACGCACUCGCCACCUCCUUUUGAACGACAACUGACGUCGGAGGAACCUAUGGAUUCAGCAGACUCUUUUGUCCAGUGA